UCUGUCCUGAGGGCCAGUACCUUUGGCUGGUCCAUUUCUGAAAUAAGGUGCAAUAGUUUCUCUCUGGAGUUAGAAGUUGUUUCAAUAAUUCUAGCACUGUGCAUGAGCUUAAAUUGUCUUCUGGGAGUUAAAAGAGCCUUUUCUGAAAUUCUAGGGAAGUCCAGAUGUCCCAUAGCUUCUGUGAGCAGUCUGAGAAGGAAAAGACUGAGAGGGAUGGGUCUAUGAAUCAUCUGUCUAUCCUAUGUCUAUGAAGAAGAAAUAAAAACUCUGAUUCCAAAAGAAUCCAUUUAAUUCUGGAAUUUUCUGACCUAUUUUGGUGCAUGCUGGACUAAAAAAAAAAAAUUAAACUACUGCUGAUGACUUUCUCAUAUUGUUUACUUUUGUAACGUUCUCUGUGGACUAGCAGCCAGAAAUGACGUCCACCCCUCGUCCAGCAUCAGAGAAUAAGAACUUCAGAGGAAGGAAUGCAACUUCAUAAAUAGCAAACCACAGACACUAAUGGGGAGCAGAAGCAAACCUGCAGGUUAAAAUUCAUUGCAAGAGAAGCCUGUGCAUCCAGACUGCUUGUAGAUGCAAGGAUGACUUCAACUCUAGCCUUAGUUUUUCUCCUUUGCCUCUCUUGUCCUUUUUCAUCAAGUCAGCAGCGAAGAGCAGGAGUUGAAGUUGGCCCUGAAAUGCUGGAAGAGAUGAGACAAACUAACCGGGUGCUCAUGGAAGUUCGGGAGUUGCUAAAGCAGCAGAUUAAGGAGAUAACAUUCCUGAAGAACACGGUCAUGGAGUGCGAUGCCUGUGGCAUGCACACCGAGGCCACCGGCCCGCUCGUCACCGUCACGCAGUUCAGCAGAUGUGUCCCCAGUCCCUGCUUCCCGGGAGUGCCCUGCACCGAGACCGCCACCGGCUUCCGCUGCGGACCUUGUCCCCCGGGUUAUUCCGGCAACGGCUCCCAGUGCACGGAUGUCAAUGAGUGCAACGCAAACCCCUGCUUCCCGAAGGUGCAGUGCAUUAACACCGUCCCCGGCUUCCGCUGUGAUCCCUGCCCUCCCGGCUUCACCGGGCAAGCGGUCGAAGGGGUCGGACUCGCUUAUGCGAGGGCCAACAAACAGGUUUGCACUGACAUCAACGAAUGUGAGACAGGAGCUGCCAGAAACUGUGUCCCAAACUCCAUCUGCAUCAAUACACGGGGAUCCUACAAGUGUGGCGCUUGUAAACCUGGCUUCGUUGGGGACCAGAGCACGGGCUGCAGGAGCCAGACAGCAAGACGCUGCCCCAACGGGGAGGCCAGCCCGUGCCACGAGAAGGCGCAGUGCGUGGUGGAGCGCGACGGCUCCAUCUCCUGCGUGUGCCUCGUGGGGUGGGCAGGGAACGGCUACAUCUGCGGGAAGGACUCGGACAUCGACGGCGUCCCCGACGAAAAGCUGCGCUGCUCCGACAAGAAGUGCCGCAAGGAUAACUGCAUGACUGUCCCCAACUCCGGCCAGGAAGAUGCAGAUAGGGAUGGGAUUGGAGACGCUUGUGAUGACGAUGCUGAUGGAGACGGGAUAUUAAAUGCUGAGGACAACUGCGUGUACACGCGCAACGCGGACCAGCGCAACGCGGACAAGGACAACUUCGGGGACGCCUGCGACAACUGCCGCCUCGUGAAGAACGACGAUCAGCGCGACAUCGACGGCGACGGAAAAGGAGACGAGUGCGACGACGACAUGGACGGUGACGGAGUCAAAAACCCAACAGACAACUGUAAAAAAGUCCCUAAUCCAGAUCAGAAGGACGGUGACGGAGACGGCGUGGGCGACGUGUGCGACAGCUGCCCAACAGUCAGCAACCCCGACCAGAAAGACACCGAUCAUGAUCUCGUGGGAGAUGUCUGUGACACCAACCAGGACAGUGACGGGGACGGGCACCAGGACACCCGGGACAACUGCCCCUCAGUGCCCAACAGCUCCCAGCUGGACUCGGACAGAGACGGGCUGGGAGAUGAGUGUGACGAUGACGACGAUGACGACGGGAUCCCGGACCAGAAACCCCCAGGCCCUGACAACUGUCGGCUUGUCCCCAACCCCGGCCAAGAAGACUCGGACGGCGAUGGUGUGGGAGACCUUUGUGAAGAGGAUUUCGACAAGGACAUGGUGAUCGACAGAAUCGAUGUGUGCCCAGAGAACGCAGAAGUGACACUAACAGACUUCAGGGCUUUCCAGACAGUUGUUCUGGACCCUGAGGGUGAUGCUCAGAUUGAUCCCAACUGGAUUGUCCUCAACCAGGGCAUGGAAAUAGUUCAAACCAUGAAUAGCGAUCCUGGUCUGGCUGUAGGUUACACGGCCUUCAACGGAGUGGACUUCGAGGGCACCUUCCACGUGAACACGGCCACGGAUGAUGAUUACGCUGGCCUCAUCUUUGGCUACCAGGACAGUUCCAGCUUUUAUGUGAUCAUGUGGAAGCAGAUGGAACAGACCUACUGGCAGGCAAACCCCUUCCGAGCGGUGGCAGAACCUGGAAUCCAACUGAAGGCAGUGAAAUCCAAAACAGGCCCAGGGGAAUAUCUCCGCAACUCCCUGUGGCACACGGGAGACACCACGGACCAGGUCAAGCUGCUCUGGAAAGACCCCCGCAAUUCCGGCUGGAAGGACAAGACCUCCUACCGCUGGUUCCUGCAGCACCGGCCUCAAGUGGGAUACAUCAGAGCUCGCUUCUACGAAGGCCCUGAAAUGGUGGCAGACACUGGAGUUGUCCUUGAUACAACUAUGCGUGGGGGCCGGCUUGGAGUCUUCUGCUUCUCCCAGGAGAACAUUAUUUGGUCGAACCUGCGUUACCGCUGCAAUGAUACCAUUCCUGAAGAUUAUGAAACAUAUAGAGUUCAGCAAGACGAACCUCUGCCUUAAAUGUCUGUCCAACAACAAUUGCUU